CCUACAAAUGCAAUCAAUGUGAUAAAGCUUUUCAGGACACAGUAAUCUUCAAAUGCAUAAAAGAUCACAUUCAAGAGAGAAACACUACAAAUGUAAUCAAUGUGAGAAAGCCUUUUCACAACACAGUCAUCUCCAAAUACAUAGAAGAACACAUUCUGGAGAAAAACCCUACAAAUGUAAUCAAUGUAAGAAAGCCUUUUCACAACACAAUAGUCUCCAAAUACAUAGAAGAACACAUUCUGGAGAAAAACCCUACAAAUGUAAUCAAUGUGAGAAAGCCUUUUCACAACACAAUAGUCUCCAAAUACAUAGAAGAACACAUACUGGAGAGAAACCCUACAAAUGUAAUCAAUGUGAUAAAGCCUUUUCAGGACUCAGUAAUCUUCACACCCAUAAAAGGAUACAUUCUGGAGAGAAACCCUAUGAAUGCAAAGAAUGUGGUAAAGCCUUUUCACAACACAGUCAUCUCCAAAUACAUGAAAGAAUACAUACGGGAGAGAAACCCUACAAAUAUAAUCAAUGUAAUAAAGCCUUUGCAUAUGCCAAUGAUCUCAGAGUACAUGAAAGAACACAUAAAGGAGAGAAACCCUACAAAUGUAAUCAAUGUGAUAAAGCCUUUUCACUACUCUCUCUUCUCCGAAGGCAUGAAAGAACACAUACUGGAGAGAAACCCUACAAAUGCAAUCAAUGUGAUAAAGCCUUUACAUACGCCUUUAAUCUCAGAGCACAUAAAAGAACACAUACUGGUGAGAAGCCAUACAAAUGUAGUCAGUGUUGUAAAGCAUUUUCACGACACAGUCAUCUCCAAAAUCAUAAAAGAACACAUACUAGAGAGAAACCCUACAAAUGCAAUCAAUGUGAUAAAGCCUUUUCACAACCCACUAAUCUCCAAGUGCACAAAAGAACACAUACUGAAGAGAAACCCUACAAAUGUAAUCAAUGUGAUAAAGUCUUUUCAGGACCCACUAAUCUCCAAAUGCAUAAAGGAACACAUGCUGGAGAGAAGCCCUACAAAUGUAAUCAAUGUGAUAAAGCCUUUUCGCGAGUCAGUCGUCUCAAAAUACAUAAAAGAACACAUACUGGAGAGAAACCCUACAAAUGUAAUCAGUGUGACAAAGCCUUUUCCCGACAAAGUUAUCUCCAAGUGCAUAAAAGUACACAUUCUGGAGAGAAACCCUACAAAUGCAAUCAAUGUGAUAAAGUCUUUUCCCGACAAAGUUAUCUCCAAGUACAUAAAAGAACACAUUCUGGAGAGAAACCCUACAAAUGUAGUCAAUGUGAUAAAGUCUUUUCACGACACAGUAAUCUCCAAGUACAUAAAAGAACACAUAAUGGAGAAAAACCCUACAAAUGUAAUCAAUGUGGUAAGGACUUUUCACAAAAAGGUCAUCUCCAAAUACAUGAAAGAACACAUACUGGAGAGAAACCCUACAAAUGUAAUCAAUGUAAUAAAGACUUUUCACGACAUGGUCAUCUCAAAAUUCAUGAAAGAACACAUACUGGAGAGAAACCCUAUGAAUGUAAUCAAUGUGGUAAAGCCUUUUCAUGUUCUAGUAGUCUGCGAACACAUGAAAGAACACAUACUGGAGAGAAACCCUACAAAUGUAAUGUAUGUGAUAAAGUCUUUUUACUACACAGUCAUCUCCAAAGACAUGAAAGAACCCAUACAGGAGAGAAACCCUAUGAAUGUAAUCAAUCUGGGAAAGCCUUUGCCUGUGCCAGUAGUCUCCAAAUACAUAAAAAAACACAUUCUGGGGAGAGACCCCUUAAUUGUAAUCAAUGUGGUAAAGCCUUUGCAUGUCCGAGUAGUCUCCGAAUACAUAAAAGAACACAUUCUAAAUAGAAUCCCUUUGAAUGUAGUUGUGGUAAAGUGCUUAUAAGACACAAGUAAUCUCUGAACACAUAGAAGAACACAUACUGGAGAAAAACCCUAUGAAUGUCAUCAAUGUGGUAAAGCCUUUGCGUGAAUCAGCAGUCUAAAAUCAUGAGAAAAUACUGCAGAGAAACCCUAUAAAUGUACUGAGUGUGGUAAAGUUUUGCACUUCAUGUAGUCUUUAUACAAGAGUAAGACUUGUAGUGUAUAAUUAGUCUCUUAAAGCCUUUGCAUUUUACAAUAGUCUUUGAGGGCCUGACAAAAUUAAUACUGAAGGAAAUCUGGCCAUAAAGGGUUUGGUAAAAUCUUUCAUGUGGACAAAAGACCUGUGAAUUUAAAUGAUAAGGUUUUCAUUUUCUAUUCCACAGUUCAAUUACAUGCAAUAAGGCAUCCAGGUGUAACACUUAAUGCAUGUGUAGUAGUAUUUCCUUGUCUAUUGCUGUGAUAAAACGUGAUAUCUAAGUCUACUCAUGAAAGAGUUGGCCGUUGGGUCCAGAAGGGUAUAGAAUCACAAUGAAAGUGGCAUGGCAACAAGUUUCAAACACGGCAGCUGCAGCAGAAUGCUAAGAACUGUCAUCUUCCACCUACAACAUGAAGGUGAAACUAAAACUGGAAAUGGUGUGGAUGUGAAUUCUCAUGCUCACACUUAUUUCUUCCAGCAGGGCAUGCAUUAUCCAGAUCUUUCCAAAUGAUACCACCAACUGAGCAGGAAUGAUUUCUCUAACUGCAAGCCUCCAUGCUUGUUCUGCUUGCUUUCUGUUACAUAAGUCAGUUCAUGAUGAAGAAAACUCUGUAAGUGAGCCUUUUGAUACUUCAACACCUGGGUUAUAGGAAUAAAUCCUUAAGAGAGAAAAACAUUCUUGAGUGAAAAUCUCAUUGUUAAAAAUUUGUUUUAAUUGUGUGAUCUCAAUGUGUCUUUACUGUGUGCAUGGUGAUUCCCCAAAAAUGUAUACCCUUGGCUCUCCUUUUAGCUGGAAUUACAGAAAGUUGUUAAAAACCUGACCUUUUUCCUGGGAAUGAGCUUCUUAUAACUACUUGGUCAUGUCUCUCAGCCUGUAGAUAUUUAAAAGCCUUUAUAUUUCAUGUUGAUGUCAGGAAAUAGGAAAUAAUUCCUACAAGAGAAAAACCCUACUCAGGUAAAUGAUUUGAUAGAAACUUGACAUCACAGUUUUCUUCAAUUUCAAGAAAACAAUCUUGUUUCAUUUCUUUUUCAUCAUUCCUUGAAGGAAGCACAUAGUAUUUAACAUGUUCACUCAAGACAGAUUGUGGAGAUCACUGCAUUGUUUCUAUUUUUGCAACAUUUGAGUUAUGUACUAAAGUGUGCUAUAAAUGUGGCAAAUCCAUUUAGUGAAGUUUAUAUUUUUGUCUUUUUAUUCUUUCUUUGACUUCUGUUCAUCUUCUGUUGUGCUUUCACUUAGUAAUGGGUAUUUUUCUAUUGCAAUGUAUAGAAUCAUCUAAGUGGUCCAUUGUUUAUUUAAAUAUCUGGAAGUUUGUGAUCAUCCUUUUCAAGUGAGAGUGCUUGUGAAAGGGUGGUAAGUUCUGUUUUUCAUAUUUUCAUAAAUUCCCUUGAUGUUUAUUAUCAGCCUGGCUUCAUUGUCAGUAAUUAGUCAGGGAUACAUUUGAACUCAUGAUACUUGUGUCACUCUGCUGAGUACAAGUACAACAAUAGAUGAUAUACCCCAAUGUAUGCUGUUCUGUUACCAUGUUUUAACAUUAAUGUUAUGUUUAAAUAAAAGUAUAAGAAACAUUAAAUACUUCAUAUAUAUCCAAAGCUGUAUAUUCAUAUAUGUGGUAGAAAUGUAAUAAUGUAGCAUAAUCAGCAAUCAACUGUACUUCACAACGUAAUUUCAUGUACUAUGGAUAUGUAUACAUUAUUUGACAUUCCAAGUGUCUUCAUGCCCCCAUUAGUUAUCCAUUUGAGACUUCCUCUAUAACUACUGUGUUCUAAGGAAAUUAUCCAGAGAUGCCAAAUAAUGUACUGAAAAAAAUUGUGUGUGUGUGUGUGUGUGUGUGUGUGUGUGUGUGUGUGUGUGAGAGAGAGAGAGAGAGAGAGAGAGAGAGAGAGAGAGAGAGAGAAAGAUGAUUAUGGUUUUUUGAGCCAUGACACAUAUGUGUAGUCUGAAGAAAAAUUUGCAGUCUCCUUUUUUUUUCCUUAUUCAUAUGGUGAUGAGUUUGCCAGUGUCAUACACCACAGACCAUUCCCACUGAGAUAUCACUGAUUCUCAAAUGAGAUUAGUUGAAGUGUUAUACAGCUAAAAUAUUGUCUUCUUUUCAUGUUGUAAACAUACUUUCAUCCAAAGAUAAUGGAAAACAGCACCAUCUGAAUAAUAAAUCUAAUUUGCAAAU